CUGGACUUAGUCGUGGUGACCGCCAGUGGAAGUGUCUGCACAGAACCUCACUUUAUGUGUCAACUCCACAGUGGUGGAACAUGAAUGCCUUUGUAACUCUUACAACAGGCCAGAAGAUGCCAAUGGUUGGCCUUGGAACAUGGAAAAGUGUGCCGGGACAGGUGAAACAAGCCGUGCUGACAGCUUUGGAUUGUGGCUAUCGGCACAUAGACUGCGCGGCAGCGUAUGAGAAUGAACAGGAGGUGGGCGAGGCUCUGGCUCUCAGGGUCGGUCCAGGCAAGGCUUUGCGUCGUGACCAAGUGUUUGUGACAUCUAAACUGUGGAACACCAAACAUGACCCUUCUGAAGUUGAGGAAGCCUGCACGACCACCCUGGCCCACCUGGGUCUUUCCUACGUGGACCUUUAUCUAAUGCACUGGCCAAUGGCCUUUCAGCCUGGAAAGGAGCUGCUGCCUCGGCGUCAAGAUGGAAGUGUGUGUUACUCUGACACACACUACACAGAGACUUGGGCCGCCAUGGAGGACCUCAUGGACCAAGGCCUGGUCAAAGCCAUCGGGCUGUCCAACUUCAAUGCGAGGCAGAUGGAUGACAUCAUCAGAAUGGCCAAACACAAGCCUGUGGUAAACCAGGUUGAAUGUCAUCCAUAUUUGUCCCAAGGAGAUCUCCUGGCUCAUUGUAGGUCAGUGGCUGUUUGCCUGACGGCUUACAGCCCUCUGGGUAGCGGGGAUCGACCCUGGGCCUCCGCUGAGGAACCUUGCCUGCUGCAGGAUCCCAGAGUGGGAGAAAUAUCUCGGCAAUACCACAAGACACCUGCCCAGAUCAUACUCAGGUGGCACAUUCAGAGGGACAUUGUGUGUAUCCCCAAAAGUGUGACACCCUCCAGGAUCCGUCAGAACCUGCAGCUUUUUGACUUUGCCCUAUCAGAGGAGCACAUGAAGUUGAUGGACGCUUUAAAUCGCAGCCAACGCUUCAUCGCCCCAACAGUCAAGGUGUUCCAUGCAUGUACUCAUGUGACAUGUCAACAAUUCUGUGUUCCUAGAUCAAACGCACACCUGACUAAUUUGCUUUUUCCACAGAGGGAUGGCAAGACACUUUGGAGAGAUGCUGAACACCCUCAUUUCCCAUUCAAUGAUCCUUAUUGAGUCAAAACAAAAUCGGUUUUAAAUCACGCAAUGGCUCUAAACUGUUGUCAACUUGAUUGGUCAGAUUAAUUUGAAUUUAAAUUAGAUACAUUUUGAUAAUCGAUGUUUAUUUGAUUCACUUUGGGGAGUUCACGCUCAACCUGCCCGAAAAUGUUUUUUCUGGCCAAAUGGCAAUUGGGAGCGCAGGAAUACAAUUUGGCAAUUGUCUCGGAUUGAACCUCACUGCAGUGACACUGCGUGGUCAGCAGCAAGAUUGCUUACCGCUGACAAAUUCUGAUUUGAAUCACAUCAACACAUGGGGAGUCAUGAGAUUUUUCAUUAAAAUCAAUUCAAGCCAAUACAUUUAUAACGUGUGAGAUUUUAUUUUCAACAACAUAACCUUGACAAAUUUAACAACAUUAUAUGCUACUGUUUUAUUUUAAAAAACAAAAAGUAAAUUUAGCAAUGUUUUUUUUUUUCCAUUUCUCAAGGUCUAGCAUAGAAUCCCACCACUAACUGUAUCUUGGUAUACUGAAAACGAGGCCACUCAACGUCCCACCCCCUCCCCACUGGAAAUGCUCCAGUACUCACCUUCCAUUUGCAGACAUCCCCCUUCUCCCCACCCACAAUAAAGCCAGGGCAAGCCAAGUGGCAACAUGCUGUCUCCGAGGGAAUUCAUACAAAAAAAAAAAAACGUAGGAACACAAGAAAGAAGCACAAAGUCCUAAAAAGUUGGAAUCUGGUGAAUUUUUACAGG